UUCCACUAGAACAGACAGCAUUACCUGUGGGAGGCAUAACAUAAAAGGUGUACCUUACGAGUCUAGCUUCUAUUUAGUACACCGGAUAUGUCAGAAAUUGAAAGUGUAUAUUUUUUGGUCUCCGUGCUUUCCUUUCUUGUGGCCUCUUCUGCGAAUAUUUGGCAGACGGGCAGCACAGUGUCUAGUGGUAAUUGGUAUAAUCAAGAGCUCCAGCGAAUCCAACAAGUCCCACCUCCUCAAGUAACUGCACAUAAAAUAGAGCGAUACUUUCUUGGGAGACCAGCAAGAACAAGAAGAGAUUCUUUAUACGAUGUUGCAAUGAAUUCCUGGUCACCAAUCGAUCAUCUUCGAGAGAACAAGGGCCUAAAGAAUGAACAAACGAGGUCUACAGGAGCUGGAAGAGUCAGUAAAAGAAGCUCCUUUGACGAGGAAUUCUACGAUGUCGCUUACAUCAUCGACUCCUCUGGGUCCAUCAAAGAAAGUGAAUUUCAAAACGGUUUGAAAGCGUUACAAAUUCUUGUCACCCGAGCGAAGCCGUCAACGUUAUACGCCGCUAUUAAUUAUUCUGAAGAAGGGCAUAUCCAUUUUGACUUCCAACCACCUUACAAAGCAAUCGAACUUCUGGAAACUACAAAACACUACGGGUUUAGAACUAACACCCAGGAUGCCCUGAAGAAAUGCCGCGAGGUUUUGUUCCUUAACAAGACGUCUGGUGUUCGAGGGGGAAGUCUAAAGAGAGUCCUGGUAGUCACUGACGGGAGGUCUAACUUGAAUAAAGAGACUACACUCUAUGAAGCCCUGGAGCUUAAAGUUCUUGGGAUUGAAGUGUUUGUUGUGGCUGUAGGGAAGUACGUUAAUGGUAUUGAGGAGUUGAUUGGGAUUGCAACGACAAGAGAAAGGCAUUUGUUUCGUGUAGAUUCGCUUGGUGGGUUCAUUGAAGUCGUACAACUAAUACCACCCUGGCCACCAGCUAUCAGAUCGAAUGCCUUAGACUAACCAUGAACUCACGUAAUGGAGCGUACUGUAGAGCAGUUUUCGUAUGACUGUGAAAAGCUCAGUGCCGCAUGCGUGCCUUGYCGUGACCGUGAUGGUUUCUAGAAUUUUGAUUGGCUGAUUUAUUUCUAGCGCAAUGUCAUUGGUCUGACAGUGCCGUGACCUUGGCGUGACCGUAUCUGCCCCGGUUUUAUGCCGUGUUCCGGGUAUUUGAUUGGAUCGAGAGUAAAUUUUCGAGCAGUGUGAUUGGUCUGGCGUAUCCCUUGCCGUGUUACGACCGUGUUCGUGCCUUGAGGUUUUCACAGUCAUACGAAAACUGCUCUAUCAACAAACUUAGUACACGGUAUCGCGAUGUCAUAAGGAUUUCGCAUUAGGCCAAUCAAUCUAAUCAUCUCUAAUACACCAUCUUAUCAUACUCUUGCACUUCCGUAGUCCUUCGAGGUGCUUCUAAAAUCACCGGUGACGUUCUUAGGAUGCCAUUGACACUAAACUCGAACAGUUGUGUUGCAAAAUUUCAAGUAUUCAUUAUCUUUUGCGCGGCAUUUUCGAGUGCAUUUUAAGGAAGCAAUUUACUUGGCCUAUUUUGUGUUGCUUUAUUUUCUAACGAGAACAAUGUUAUCUUUAUAUGCCACUGCAACGCGAGAAAUUAAAGCAUGCGUCAAUAAUCGUUAAUUUAGAGCUGUUUUCAUGGCUGUGCAAUCUCCGCAAUUACUAAACGCAAAGGAUAUAUUUUACUUCUAAAGGUUUACUAGUCAGAACACUGUGAAUUUGAUGAAGUAACCCACGAAAAUACGCGGCGCGUCAGGGGUGGUCAGUAUCGUAGAAACAUGAAAACGCUAAAAUGUUGCACGAUUGAAAUCAUCCUCGUGACGAAGUGAAGACAUAGAAAACGCGCGCGUGUGCUGUGUGCAGUUAUAAAGCACGCGGUGAUUUACAAAACACUUGAGAAGUGUUUGGGAAAGCACGACGCAUAGCGGAGUGCUUUUCGACACUUUUCUAGUGUUCAGCCAAUCCCCCAAGUGCUUUAUAACUCCACACAGCACAGCACAGCAAGUUUUUUAUUUCUUUCAUAAAAUACGAACUACAAUAACCGUUACUUUGGAAAGGAAUGACGCAACUGAAUGUGCUCGCGCGUGUUGUAUACGCUCCCAACAAAUCAGAACGCGACAUUUAUACAGUUAUUUUAUCAUUAGUCUUAGUGGACGUCGACCAAGGCGUUUCCAUGACAUUCCAUGCCUAUUAACAACGUCAUAGAAGCACAUCGAUU